GGAAAAAGAGAUGUGUAGUCAGGUCUAAUUUUUCCUCAACUUCAGAUUGAUGCAGUUACAAUUGGAACAGCAAAAUAGUUUCGAAGAAACAAUGUCUACAAGAUCUAGUCUAUCUAAUUUUGGCGCUGAAACUAGUGCUGGUGAAGUGAAGCCACUCAGGAAUAUGUCAGAGGAAAGUGAGUUAUCACGUUCUAUAAUGGCGUCCACAUCGUCAGAGCACGAGGAUGAGAAUGCUUCGCAAAGAAAAAAGUCACUGAUCAAGAAAAGAAGGCAUUAUUGACCUGUUUUCUGAUGUUUAUAAAUUUUCACAAUUAAAAUCACUAACUGCA